CUAGUUAGUUGUCCUAAUCAACGCUCUUCGUCCAACUUGACAAAUGGCUCUUCUGUCGCCCCAUUUCGAGCUCCAGGAGGUUACGAAGCAUGAUAUGAGCCUAGCGUCUAUUUGUUGGGGAUUUACACUUGGAUUCGGGUUCCUCACGACAUGGGAAGCUAUUAGGCAAACUAUACGGGCUAGAACCCCUUGGAAGUCUAUCUAUGUGUGGAUGAUAUGGGGUGAGAUUUUCGUCUGUCUGGCAUUUUCAAUUAUUUGCUGGAUGUAUCUCGAUGGGACGAUAGGACCAAGUUUUUGGUUUUAUUUUUUUAUCUUAACACUCUGGGCACUCCAAGUCCAGCUUCUCCUUCAAAUUAUCAUCAACAGAAUCACAGUCAUUGCAGCAGACAAACACCGCGCGGGACUAAUAAAAUGGGGGGUUGCAGCCUUGAUCACAGCGGUAAACAUCUCAGUUUACUGCAUCUGGAUCCCCGCACGUCUCCAAAUAUCUCACAGAUACAUCCACAUCAAUGAAAUCUGGGACCGCUGCGAAAAGGUCAUAUAUCUAGUCGUCGACGCCAUUCUUAACUGGUACUUUAUCAACACGGUCAGGCAGCGGCUCGUCAAGCAGGGCAGUGGUAAAUACAACAGACUUGUAAAGUUCAACGUGCGGAUUAUCUUCUUGUCGUUGACCAUGGAUUGUCUGAUUAUCGGAACUAUGAGUCUUAAGAACGGAUUUGUCUACAUGCAAUUCCACCCACUGGCCUACACCGUUAAACUCAUGAUUGAAAUGUCCAUGGCAGACCUCAUCCGUACCAUCGCGCGAGAGAAGAACGAAUUCAAGUCCGCCAACCAAAGCUACCAACUCAGUGCCAAUGGGAAAAGCCGAGGCCGUCGGGAUGGGAACCUCUCACAUAUGGUCGGAGUAGAAGUCGGAGGUGGGGCGGGUCUUACUUCCGUCUCAGGGGUAGUAGUUCAAAAGGAGGUCAUCGUCGAAAGUCGCAGUAUGGACCAAGCUAGCGAAGCAUCGACUUCGAAAGAUAACGUUCAUCAUCAAGAGCAGGAAGAUGAAUCACCAUUGCGGACUGAGACCUGGGAAGUCAACAGCCCCUAG